UCGCAUCCUCCUCGCGUUGACGCACGCAGCCGCGGCUACCCCAGGCCCAGGGACUACAAGAAUAGACAAUCCAACAUGGCGGCGACCACAACAGCUGUCAGUGAGAUCUCCAUUGAGAUGGCACCUAUCGUUUCUGAACCUGCAUGCAUCCGCCACACGCCAGAGCAGAAGCAGGGGCAGGGGAGGAGAAGAUGUGGCUCUGCCUGAUACAGAGAGGAAGCCGAACAUACUACUACGUUGUGCCGCCUUCCUGGAAUGGGUGGGCAACGCCUGCGGUGCCCUGUCCUUCAUGUGGGCCACAGUUGUAAUGCUUGGGGGUUUCUGCACCCUGCUCGAACCAACCGAUUUCUGGUCUACAACAGCUAUAAUAUUUAUUGAAGCUUUCAGGUUUUUCACUCGAGAUAACCGUUUGGAGAAUCACCCGUUGUUUGGAACUAAUGGAGCUAUUAAAAAGCUAACAUCUCACAGUGUGUUAAAGGAUGAAAAACAUACAUUUUAUGCGGUAUUGGCAGUUGUCAGCUUAUGUGACAGGAUACUUUUUGUUUGUCCGAGAAAUGUCAAGGGCAUCGCUCUCAUUGUAAUGGCAGCUUCCGGGGUUCUGAUUGGCAAUCUGCCUUUUGCCGUGCAGACAAUCCUGCAACAUCAUCUGUGGCUCUUCUUAAGCUCUCUGCUUGUCAUUCUACUCACCCUCUCCGCCCAAUUGAUCAGAAAAUUCUGGAUCCGUGGUAAGUCUCAAGGAUCUCAACUUGCAGUUGUACUAGUGCACACUGCAGUGCUGUUACUCAUGGUCAUAGUGCAGAGCAUAUCCGUUUACAUUCUUGUAUGCAAACCGCCACGGGUUAGGCAGAUAAUAAGCAAGUGGAUUAAAGUGUUAUACCUUGUUAAGGUGGUGCUGGGCUUAGCCUUGAUAGUGGGGAUGUUUUCUCUCUUCCUGCCUUCUGUUGACUGGUUCGUCUAUGGUAAUUUAGUGAAGAUGAUGGUAACCCUGAUCUUCGCACUAAGCACCAUUCCGAGCCCAAACAAUGAAACUGCGUACUAUUGGAUGGACGUCGGCUUGUGCAUAUCAAUGGCAAUCAGCUGGGUUUUCUGCAUCGAGUCUGCAGUUUUUAACCCAGGGGUGCUGCUUGUUAUACUUAUCUGUGGUAACCUGCAGCUCCCGGCAGCAAUAGCGCGUAUGCUGCUAUCAGCCAUGAGGCUUCAAGAUCAGCAGCUUGUUAAAUCGUAUCCCACUCCAGGAAGCAAAAAUUUAUUGCCUACGCUACAUCUUUUUUACUGGUUUGUGAUCUUCCAAGGCACAUUCUAUUUGUGUGCUUGCAUUCUCAACUUUUAUGGGGCUAAACUGCAGUUGCACAAUGAAAAGGGCUUGGGGGAUGUUCAAAAGGAAGAAGCAGCAUUUGGCCCUCAAACCAUUCUGGACAGUUAUGGGACUAGACUGCAGUUGCACAAUGAAAAGGGUUUGGGGGAUGUUCAAAAAGAAGAAGAAGCAUUUGUCUCUCAAACCAUUCCAGACGGUUCUAUAGCAAUUAGCAUAAGAUCUGACGAGGAACAAUCAAACACCAAUCCAGUUAACUGCAUACUGGUCGGGACACUCCCUGUCCCCCUAUAAGAUGAAAAUUUGACAGAAUAAUUUGGGAAAAGCUCAGGUGGAGCAUGUUCAGACGGCGGAUGAACUUCCGGCGAAUUCGGCGGUGGUGACAUUGUCCAGCACAUAGUUGCAGCAUAUUCACCCCAGAUUUGUUGAGUCUCGAGACAUUGUAGAAAUAAUACAGAUUUUAUGUCAAACUAAAAUCCUAGAAUGUCCCUUACAAUGUUGGGACGACCGACGCACCUGUAUAAGAUAUAGAAUAUAAGAUGCCGAGAAGAAUUUAUCUGACAACCUGCAGAAAACUACAAAAUGUGAAGCCUAAAUAUAUCAGUGUAGGAGACAAUUGAAAGAAAGAAUCAGAUACGUGUUGG